UCUGGUUCUUCAGCAGAGUUCCUGUCCGUGUCUGUGAUCAGGGGUUACUGAACUCAGCCAGAGAUGUCCUGCCAACAAAACCAGCAACAGUGCCAGCCACCUCCAAAGUGCCAGACCCCCAAAUGUCCUCCCAAGUGCCCCCCAAAAUGCCCUCCCCAGGCUCCCUGCCCUCCUCCAGUCUCUUCCUGCUGUGGCUCUAGCUCUGGGGGAUGCUGUGGGUCCAGCUCUGGGGGGUGCUGCAGCUCUGGCUCCGGGGGCGGCUGCUGCCUCUUUUCCCAUCACAGGAGAUCCCACAGACUCCAGCACCAGAGGUCUGACUGCUGUGACAGUGGCAGUGGGCGCAGCCAGCAGUCUGGAGGCUGCUGUGGCAGCUCUGGGGGCUGCUGCUAAUCUGGUGCCCUGACCUAAGAAGAACAGAAGAGGCUGUUGACUCUGAUCCUUUUUCUCCUCACUCCGUAGCCCCCUGCCUCUUCUCUUGGAUUUAACUGUUCAGAUGGUCUUAGGUGAUGGAGAAAAUCAAGACCUAUCACUUCAUUUUAUCUCAAACCCUGCCCCCCCCAUUAUUCAAUCCCUCUUCUUCCUCAUUUAUCCUGAGCAAUAAUAAAGCUAUUUGUUUUGUUUUU